AUGUUAUCGUUUCGACCUCCUAUCAUCGAUGGCAGGCUCAAGAUUGGGGCCAUAUACGCCAUCUUAUUUUUUCGCGACCCCGACCCCGCUGAAGGUUUUCAUUGGGGAAUUUACCAUCACCUUACGACGCACGGUGGAUACAAGUAUCAUCUGAAGAAUAUGGGACAAAACCAUUGGAUUCAAGACUUCCAAUCCACCGGCGGUGUGAUGAAGUCUAUCUUCCUCGUUGGGCUCAUGAGGAUUGGUUAUGCCGACCCCUCCCAGAACCAAAAUGUGUACAACAUUGUCAACAGCGUCGCCAUAACCGCCCCGCCGCCUGGAAGUGACCGCUCGACCUGCCGCACUUGGUCAAUGUAUGUCAUAUACCUCUUGACGACCCAAGGCUACGUCCGCUGCAAGAAUAUGGCCAUGCUCGAGGAGCAGAUCACGGACUGGGCCAAGGCGCAUCACGAAACCUCCGUGAUGAAUGUCCAGCCCCGUCCCAUUACCGAUUCUACGGUUUGCCAGCUCUAUUGA